AUGAACCAGCGAGCGAAACUGAGCGAAUGCCGCUCCAACUCUCACGACACCCUGCGAGGAGGGAUGCCCUCCCCAAGGAUCUCUCAUUUCGACGGCGAAGUCCCUCCCGCCCUAUCUCCCCUCGAUGCCUUUGCCGCCCAGGGCCGAUUUCUGGCCCGACAGUUAGAUGAGUCCAGACUAGGUGAACGGCGAAUGAGUCGCCUACCUCCCUCCAGCGUAGCCCGAUCGCUGUCCCGCCCCCGACCAGGCUACUUCCGCUCCGCGAACAGCGAUUCCAAUACAGAGGGUCUGACGCGCCGACCGACACAGAAGGGCCUCCCAGAGCUAGAGGAGCCAAAAUAUCGUCCAAUGUCAGAGCAUCCCCGCUUCAGCUCGAUUUCACACGCUAGCAGCAAUGCGGCGAGCUUCUACGACGACGACGAAACUACCCCCAGGACAACCAUGAUUCAGGAGGACCCCAGCGUGUGGGGAAUACCUCGGGCGGAAUCACCCGAGGAGGACUCGGUGCUUGCAGACGAUACUGAAAGCUCAGUGGGAGUGACUUUGGUAGAUACAUCGCGUCAGUCGUCGACGGACUCCGUUACCAGCAAACUCCAUAUUCCACGAACCCUGGCCCCACCGGUUUCGCCGCAUUCACGACCGUCUAGCAGCGCCCGCGCGGCUCAACUGGACUCUGAUGAUGAUUACAGUAGCUCCAAUGCAGGUUCGACAUUCUCCAAGCCACGGAAACUGUCAACGGGAAGUGCUGUGUCAAUUCCGUACUCACCUAUGUCGACCUUUCCAGCUCGGUCGCAUCCUCGUUCGCCUUCAAUAAGCUCCGAAACGUCGACCGGCACCAGCUAUCUAGCGCGACCCUCCUUUAAUUUCUCCCGGCCUCUGAGUCGAUCCAGCACCAGCCUCUCAGCACCUGGAGCCCCAGAGCCAACUACCGCCCCGGCUCCCACCCCCCAGCGGCAUCAGUCGAACCAUAUGCACCGUCCGAGCAAACCUCACCCGAUUAUGGUUCCUUUGUCCACUGACAUGGGAGCUACUCAACCGCUCGACGGCGAGCCAUCCUCGGCGGUGUCAUCGUUUGUGUAUGCCAAGUAUGCGCUGCCGCGUGGACGUGAGCCCUCUCGAGACUCGGUGAUCUUUGCAGGGCUACAAACUCCGCACUUUGAAUGGAAUGAGCCUUUGUUUGAGAAUUCUCCCCCGCGAGAAUCCGCAGAUAUCCCCCGUCCUGUUCGCACUCCGCCGCCGACCACACAUCACCCGAUGGAUCAUUCGCCAGAGCCAAAUUCGAUGCACGAGAUUCCCACUCCUGCGCCUAGACAGACAACACCAGCUCCACCUUCACCAAAACCACCAACCUCUUCACCUAGGCCGUCGACUUCUUCCUCGAAACCGCCUUGUUCACCGCAACCGCCGACCUCGCCAAUGCCAGCUGCAGCCACACUGGCUACUCCCGAGAAACCUAGACCUUCAACAGAGUCUACUCGCAAGAGUGAUAAGAUCGAGACGGCCUCGUCGGCUGGCUCUGCGAGCACAUUACGUCCGCAGACUGCCGCGACCCAGGCACCAUCGACUGCCGUGUCUGCCGAUGAUCAUGUUACCAAGGGAAUUGAAUUACACGAGAGCGGAUCUUUGAAUGAAUCUACCUAUCACUUGCGGAUUGCUGCGAAGCAGAAUCACCCCACUGGAAUGUUGCUUUACGCACUCGCUUGCCGUCAUGGUUGGGGUAUGCGAUCCAAUCAGCAAGAGGGUGUGCGGUGGCUACGGAAGGCUGUGGAUUCCGUGGGAUUGGAGAUGUUGGAGAACCCCGACGCUCCUGGUGCUUCUAAGGCAAAAGAGCUGCAGAAGGCAUAUCGCGCGCAAUUUGCUCUCAGUAUCUACGAGUUGGGCGUUAGCCAUUUAAACGGUUGGGGUAUCGAGCAAGAUAGGUCUCUUGCUCUUCGUUGUUUCGAAAUCGCCGGUCAGUGGGGUGAUGUCGACGCUAUGGCAGAGGCUGGUUUCUGCUACGCGGAAGGCGUUGGUUGCAAGAAAGACAUGAAGAAGGCCGCACGUUUCUACCGGCAAGCCGAGUCCAACGGCAUGAGUAUGGUCGGCAACAGCUGGAUUUACAAAGAAAAAUACAUGACGGACGAGGCCAAAGAAGCUGCCAAAGAGACUCGUGCACGCGGUCGAACUGUCAGCAGUGACAAGAAGAGCAACUCACGCAAUAAAUCGCGCACGCGCAGUAUCUUCCAGCGGAAAAAGUCCGUACCCGAGCCAUAA